AUGGCCUCUGCUAUCCUUUCCUCCCUCCUCCAUCCAUCCGAGGUACUGGCCCUAGUCCAGUAUAAACUCUCACCGAAGGUCAAACAUGACUACAGCAGCGACAAGACCAAGGAGCGUCUCUACUAUUUCCUCAACAUGACCUCCCGCAGUUUUGCUGCCGUCAUUCAGGAUCUGGACGAGGAACUCAAGGACGCCAUCUGCAUUUUUUAUCUUGUUCUUCGCGGACUUGACACCAUCGAGGACGACAUGACUAUCGAUCUUGAUGUUAAGAUCCCUUACUUGAAGACAUUCGAUGAAAUCAUCUAUCAAAAAGGAUGGACCUUCACAAAGAACGGUCCUAACGAGAAGGAUCGUCAAUUGCUCGUUGAGUUCGACACCGUCAUCGAGAGCUUCUUGCAGUUGAAGCCUGCCUAUCAAUCCAUUAUUGCAGACAUCACGAAGCGCAUGGGGAACGGUAUGGCUCACUACGCCACUGCAGGAAUCCACGUCGAGACUAUCGCUGAUUAUGACGAGUAUUGCCAUUAUGUUGCCGGUCUUGUUGGUUUGGGACUGAGCGAGAUGUUCAGCGCCUGUGGAUUCGAAUCACCCAUGGUGGCCAAAAGAAAGGACUUGUCCAAUUCGAUGGGUCUAUUCUUGCAAAAGACCAAUAUCAUUCGUGACUAUCUGGAGGAUUUGCACGACAACCGCCGCUUCUGGCCCAAGGAGAUCUGGGGUCAGUACGCCGGGAAACUGGAAGACUUGGUUAAGCCAGAGAACAAGGAGGAGGCACUGAAAUGCCUGGGCCAUAUGAUCACGAACGCCAUGGGGCAUAUCAAGGACGUGCUUGAAUACCUGAGUCUGAUCAAGAACAAGUCCUGCUUCAAAUUCUGCGCUAUUCCACAAGUCAUGGCUAUCGCCACCUUGAACUUGCUCCAUACCAACUACACGGUCUUCACGCGCGAGAACGUCAAGAUCCGCAAGGGAGAGACCGUAUGGCUGAUGAAGGAAUCCAAUAACAUUGAUACGGUUGCCGCUAUUUUCAGAUUAUAUGCCCGUCAAAUCAACAACAAAUCUAACCCCCUGGAUCCCCAUUUUGUGGACAUUGGCAUCAUCUGCGGAGAGAUUGAGCAGAUUUGCGUGAGCAACUAUCCUGGAUCCACAGCGGAACUGAGGCGUAUUCAAGCUGGAGUAAUGGCUGGCACAGGCGGAAGCGUACUGACGGCAGCGGCAGUUGUCGCUGGCGCCGUUGUUCUCAAGAGUACUUUAGCAUAA